CUCACCUCCGUAUUCACCACACCACCCCAGUUAAAACCAGAGCCACCACCACCCCAAGGGAAGCUCCACACCCCACUCGAGUUAAAACCCCGAGCUUGCUGCUGCCGCUAGUUUAGAAACCUCCGCCCGCCCGCCGACUCUUGUUCUAACUGUUCCAGCUCGUCCGUAGACCGAUGGAGAGGUGCGGGAGCUGGUCGGAGUCGGACGCCGCGGCCCAGGCGGCCGCGCAGAAGGCGGUGCCGGCGCCGUUCCUCACCAAGACGUACCAGCUGGUGGACGACCCCGCCACCGACCACAUCGUCUCCUGGGGCGACGACCGGGUGUCCACCUUCGUGGUCUGGCGCCCGCCGGAGUUCGCCCGCGACAUCCUCCCCAACUACUUCAAGCACAACAACUUCUCAUCCUUCGUCCGCCAGCUCAACACCUACGGGUUCCGGAAGGUGGUGCCGGAGCGGUGGGAGUUCGCCAACGAGUUCUUCCGCAAGGGGGAGAAGCAGCUGCUCUGCGAGAUCCACCGCCGCAAGACGUCCGGGUCCGCGACGUCCUCAUCCCCGCCGCCCUUCUUCGGGUCCCCGCACUUCCCGAUGUUCCACCCGGGCGUGUCGGUGGCGCACCACCACCACCAGCAGUUCGUGGGCGACGACGGCGGGGCAAUGGCGGCCGGCAUGGUCGGUGUCCCGUUCAUGCAGCCGCAUUGGCGGGAGCAGAGGGCGCCGCCGCCGCUGCUGGCGCUGGGCGGCCCUGCCGCACCCUCGCCGUCGCAGGAGGGGCGCGCGGUCGGCGCGGCGGCGCUGAUGGAUGAGAACGAGCGGCUGCGGCGCAGCAACUCGGCGCUGCUGCAGGAGCUGGGCCACAUGCGGAAGCUGUACAACGACAUCAUCUACUUCGUGCAGAACCACGUGCGGCCCGUGGCGCCCAGCCCCGCCGCGGCCACCUUCAUGCAGGGCCUCGGCGUGCAGCCCUACCGCAAGGCGCCGCCGGCCGCCGCCGCAGUGAACGGCCUCAGCAACAACAACAACGCGUCCGGCGGGAGCACGACGUCCAGCAGCUCGCUGACCAUCGCGGACGAGCUGUCACCUCCCCCCAACCACCUCGCCGCGGUGGAGAAGAGCAGCGGCGGGGAGGCCGGCAGCAGCAGCGCGGCCCGGUCGUCGGCGCCCACCAAGCUCUUCGGCGUGCACCUGACUACCGGUUCCGGCGCGGGCAGCAAGAGACCGCCUUCGCCCUCGGAGGAUCUCCCGUCCACGUCCCCCGCCACCAAGGCCCGGCUGGCAGCGCAGGAGGGCGACGGGCUGAGCCUGUCGGUGGCGCCGCCGUGCGCCGCCUCGUCUCCAGCUAGGAGCUAGCUGGUCGUCAUCACCUCACUCACCUAGCUAGUGCUAGUAGGGUAGUAGCAUGCAUGGGAACAUCCGCGCGUGGACUGACGCGACGACCAUUUUGCUGCUAGUGUUCUGAUUAAUCCGACGUGUUGUGUUUGCUAGAGAUCGAGUACUAGUACUAGACGAGGCAGUUAGUUUGUUUCAUUUCAGCAGUUAGCAAAAGUGCUUAGGUAGGGCUGUAAUCGCUGAACUGCACGACCGUGCUCACCACCCUGAACUAAUCCAAGGCAAUCAAUCAAUCAGGUGUUUUUUGUACA